UCGAGUGAGGAGCCUGUUUUGGAGACCGGAAAGCCCGUGAAAACCGUCAGGCUGCUCGGGCCACACACACACCCCAGCCGAAAAAAGAAGGAAAACCCUGCGAAAAACAGCCAACUAAGCGGAAUUUGGCGAUAAUUAACAGGAUUUCAGCGAAACUCCGCGGAAAAAGACACAAGCUAAGGGCGGAGGAAGCGGCCAGCGGGGAAAUUCGGACAGAAGCGUUGACUCUGCGUUUUCCUACGGCCUUUUCCACCGUUUUUUGGCCAGCGCGAAUAUCGAUUGCUGGCUGCCUUGCAUAAGUCCAGGCAGAUUAGUAUACAAACGCAGUCGGAGGCGUCGGGAAAAGCGACUCAAAUGACAACGAAAAGCGGGCCGCACUCGUAGUAAUUAAGUUUUUUAAUCAUCUGCAUCGGAGCUGCGGCCAUGGAGCAGCUGAAGCUGAAGCUGAGCAUUUCAAAGCCUGUCCCAGACAAUUGACACGGAAAAAGACACACGAAGAGCAUCACGACUUCCCAGCACAUAUAUACCAUACAGUACAGUGUGUGUGUGUGCGUCUGUGUGUGUGUGUGUGUGCUUGCCCCUGUUUCGCUUUUCUUUUCUUUUCCAUUUUAUUUCUAUUGUUGCCGUUUGAAAAUGGAUAUUGCCUUGCGUGGCACAAACACAGCACCAUCAACAUCAGCGACUGGAACUGGUCUACACCAUGCUGUGUCACUGGGCAACAUCGAGGUCUCCACCAAGGCAACUUACUCCAGUCACAUGGACCGCAGCUACGACUCCGAGGACGAACACACUGGUCGCCGAAGACUUCGCCACACGCUCUCCACCGAGCUGCACCCCCGAACUUCUGUCUACUCGCGCGGAGACAUCAGGGAACAGUACUGCCUCACAGAUCGCCAGCUGCACAGCAUAGAGCAGCGUCCUAGGCGGGAACGCUUCUUUGGCUGCCUCUCGCGAAGGGGACAAACGCAGUCGGGCAGCUUUCUGGGCGGCUGUGUGGGUCGCCGAGUGCCCUCCGACGAGAACCUGGCUGCCUACGCUCCAUUCGAGAAGUAUCCACGCUACCAGAACAACUACACAGACACUCACGAGUUGGAAAGUUCCUAUUUUCGCCGCCAGCCGGCUUCGAUUCUGAGCACCGGGAAGUCGAGUGAGUCGGAUCUGGGUGGCCGCUACACCUGGAUUGGCCAGCAGCCGGUGACGACGAACAACAACUGCGACUACCAGUCGGACCACAGCUCGUAUCACUGCCCCACUUACGCCACGAUGCCGACCACGCACCACCAGCACCACCAGCAGCAGGCCGGAAACGUGAGAACCAAGCACGUGAGCUUCGCCCGGUCGCACACUCUCACCAGCUUCGACAAUGUGAACGCUGGGUUCCGCUCCUCGGGGCGACUGAAGACCGCCCGCAGCCAGGAGCGGCUAAUUGGGGGCAAGAAGCCCAUCAUCGCCACCGGCUCCCUCUACGAGACGCUGCAGCCACCAACCACGCUGCAGGCGCAGCAGCAGCAGCAGCAACAUCAGCAGCAGCUGCAGUCGAUGCAGCCGCAGCAGAGCUCCACGCUGCCGAAGAGCUGGCCGGUGCAGCUGCAGCCCUGCCAGCACCACCACGCCCCGAUCCACCUGCACCAGCCGAUUCCAGGUGAGCAUCCAGCCACCCGGUUGCCAGGAGGCAAAGACAACAUGGUUGGCUUGAUUAUUCCCCAACCACUGCCGUUGGCCCUCCCACUGCCCAGUCCCGAGGUCCUGAUCGUGGAGAAGAAGUUCCGGAACGCGAUGAAGACGCAGGCCACCCAGACGGAUGCAGCUGCUCGGCGUCAGGGUCAGAUUGGCUACAACACCCAGGUCUUGGCUUUGAGUCCUCGGCCACCACAUCGCAUUAAGGUGGUUUCCCAGGGGGCCCAAACGAAUGGCCUGCAGAACGGCAAGAAGCUCACGAAGAGCCUCUCCGAGAUUCCCAAUGGCAAGGAGGUGCCACCACAUCACUAUCAACAGGGCUCCAUUUACCCCCACGAGAUGAUCUACCGCACGCAGUCGCAGGACGUGACUCCUCUGCAGACGCUCUCGGACGCGCAGAACAACAUCAUGUACUACAAGCCGCCUCCGCCGCUGCUGGACGCGCACAGCUACGGACUGGGCAUGGAGCACCUGGGCAGGACGCGGCCCUCGCCCGCGGAGCAGGGCGUGGAGUACGUGAACGUGAACGCCGCCGCGGUGGCUCUAAACGAGAGCUUCGACUACGAGAGCAACAGCCUGCCCCGGCGCACCUGUCCCUCGCACUCGGACUUCUACUCGAACAGCCUGCCCAGGCGGCAGGACUCGUGCCGGCACUCCGCGGAGGACCCGGAGCUGCUGGACUUCAGCCAGGCGCACCUGCUGCCGCCGCCGAGCGAAUACUGCAAGAACGACGACGAGGAGCCGGAGGAGUUCUACGACGAGGAGGAGGACCCGCCCCACGAGACGGAGAGCUACAGCUCGGAGGUCUGCGUGGAGCAGGCCGGCCAGAGCAGGCGCAUGUCCAUGCUGCCCCAGAUGAUGGACUCCCCCUUCCGGCGCGACGACCUCCGGCGGCAGUCCAUGCCGGUCUACGGCCAGACCGAGAAGCUCAUCGACGGCUUCGGUCCGAGGAGCUCCUUCCGCCGGCGGGACAAGGUCAGCUGCUUCCCGGACGAACCUCCCCGGGAUCGGGAACGAGAUCGGGAGCGGGAUGAGCAGGAGAUAUUCAUCGACUUCAAGCCGCACAUCUCACCCAAGCCGAGUCCCAAGCUGCAGCUGAAGCACCGGAAGCAGCACAAGGCGGAGAUCGCCAUGCGGAAGAUGCAGCAGCAGCGGAUGGCGCAGGCGGCAGCUCUGACUCUUCCCAAGCUGAAGCCACAUCCACAUCCGCAGCCAGUCGAGGUUGAGGCCAGAAAAGUUGAGCUUGAGCCCAGCGACGAGGAGGAGGACGAGGACGAGGCCUCCGAGCCGGAGGAGGAGGAGGAGGGCGACGAGGAGGAGGCGGACGAGGAAGAUCACAAGCUGGAGACGGACCACCAGGAGGACGAGGAGCCGCUCUACGAGAACAUCACCCCCUGCGGCUGUCGCGUGGAUCCGCAGCCGGAUCUGGAGGAGAUCCAGGAUCUGCAGGACCUCCAGGACAAGCGCUCCCAGUUCCGCAAGCGAUCCGUGAGCCUGGACGACGACUACGAGGCCAAGGCCGCGGGAGCCCCCGCUCCCGGCCUCCGCCUGCCCUCCACUCCGGCGAGUCCCUGCCGCGACGAGCUGCUGGCCAACGCCUCAACUUAUCCCUCCUCAGACUCGCUGGCCAACGACAACACCCGCGACCACUCCGACGGCAUCUGGAACGAGUCGCAGGUGACCGUGCUCACUGCCGAGCAGCGGGACAUCUCCGACGGCUCCUACAGCUCCAACCUGCUGCUCACCCCCUCCUCGAAGCGCAAGAACCUGCUGCUGCAGCACCAGCAGCGCAGCUCCGUGGACACCGACGCUUUGGACUUCGAGGAGCAGAGCCCCACCUAUGGCCUACAAACACUGCCGAAGAUCGUGAAGACCCCCACGCCAACCACAUCGAGGCCAUCUUCCUCUCAGCCGCAACCUCUGAUGCCUCCGCCGGCCAUCGCUGUGACCCCCUCUGCCAACCAGAUAUUGGAUCCCUCCUUCAGUUCUCCACUGCCCAAGAGGAGCAUGGUGGCCAGGGGAUCGGUGCCGGAUGCCCGGACACUGAUGUUCAUGGGAGGAGCCGGAGCCACCAAGCAAAGACACUCGGACGCCUCGUUCCUGCCGAUGGGCGCCACGGACUUCGCGAGGAGCGCGGACAUCUCGGAGUGCAGCACGAACACAGAUGAGUAUGCCACCUGCACGGACACCUCGAAGCGGACCCCAGGUAUUAAGACUCCGCCGACCACGACCAGUUCCUCGUCGACCACCCAAGUGCCAGUUUCCACCCAGAGCUCGCAGCUGGAGAAGACCCAUGGAGGCAGCUCCUUCGAGAGCGCCAGCUCGCUGUACUCCAUGCGGGAGGAGCUGCUGCAGUACGACGACAAGGAGAAGGAGAAGCAGUCCUCGCUGGCGAAGUCGCAGCUGAAGUCCCCGAUGGGAUCGGUGGCCGAGCUGACCCGCAAGUCGCCCUCGCACUCCAUCAGCAGCACCACCUCCUCGGGCAGCUGUCCCGUCUCCGGCGCCGCCAUCCCCUCGCCCGCCAAGGAGAGCCAGCCGCAGACGGUGGCCAGUUCUGGGAGCUCCUCCCAGAUGAAGGUCUGCCCCGCCGAGAGUGCUCCUCCGAAGACAAAGGGGAAGCCCAAGCCCGACUCCGUCUCGGAGGACGAGCGCAGCGAGGUGCGCUACUCCUCCUCCGGCUACUACGAGAGUCCCCACGAGGAGGACGACGAGGAGCAGGGCCGGGAGCGGAGCAAGGCGCGCCGCCUGCGGCACGAGGACGAGCGGAAGCGGCGCAAGACGAGCAUGAAGCUGGACAUCGAGAAGGAGAACAUGCGGGCCCUCACCAGCCCCAUCAAGAAGCCCCCGGGCUCCAGCAAGGUCACCUCCCCGGAGCAGCAGCAGCAAGGAGGAGGAGGCGGAAUCCUGGACAACGGCAGCAGUCCCAGCAAGAUGAAGCGCUUCCGCCCCAAGAUCCGGCGCCAGCUGCGGAAGAGUUCGCGGGAGGACGUCCUGGCGGCGGCGGCGGUGCGCAGGAGUCGAGCCACGCCCACCAUCUUCGGCCUGAGCAGCGGCAGCGGUGACACGGAGCUGCUGCUGGACGGCAGCAUGUUGAGUGGCGCCCCCGCAGGCACCUGCACCACCACAACCUCCGUUACAGCCGCACCGGCGGCACCCGCGAAGGUGACCGCCUCGGAUUCGGUGGCCACCAGCCAACUGGAGGCCGCCGUUGUCCCGCUGACCGCGAAGAAGCCCCACAGCUGUGCCACGCCCACGGCGCUGCUCUCGCCCAAGUUGCCCACGGUGAGCAGCACCCAGUCGAAGUCGACGUCGGACACCUUCCAGCUGAAGGCCAAGUCCAUCGAGUCGCUGCGCUCGGUGUCGCCGGGAUCGGACUCGGUGUUCUACAGCGAGGCGGACGGGAACGCGGCCAGCGGGGAGCAGAGCCACUGCCACCACUGCGGCAAGGAGAUGGAGGGCAAGCAGCAGAGCAACACCAUCAGCGAGCUGGCCGGCGACUCCGUGGAGUCGAUUCCCUUCAUCGAGCAGGACAUCGUGAAGCCGCCGUCGGACUUCGCCGACUCCCCGGUGACCACCAAGACCACGCAGCGGCUCUACAAGAAGAUGGACAAGCGGUUCCGCUCCGAGGAGCGCUACCACGGCGAGCGGGGCAGGCACUACAAGACGAGGCAGGAGAACAUCAGGGCGAAGAGCGAGGAGCGUGGUAGAGUUCCCAGUCUGCCAAAUACACCUGUGCUGCGUCCUGCCGGAUCUAGUCCUUGUGUCCUGCCCGACAUCAACACGGAACAGAGCCAGCACAUCAUCUACAAGGGCCACUACGACGCAGGCCGAUACACUCGUCUCACGGACAACGACUUGUGGACCCAGCUGGACCACCAGUGUUUCGAUCGCUCGAGGGAGCGCCGCGCCUCCACGGAGUCGGAGAAGGGCUUCCACGCGAAGUACCAGGUGAUCCUGCACCGGCUCGUCCAGCGACGCUGCACCCUGGAGAUGUACCACCGGCAGAAGCACAACAGCUUCCGCGUGGACAAAACAGUGGUGGUGAAGAGCGACUCGGGCGAGUUCGGCUUCCGCAUCCACGGCUCCAAGCCCGUGGUGGUGGCCGCCAUCGAGCCGGAGACUCCGGCGGAGAGCUCCGGCCUGGAGGUGGGCGACAUCAUCAUCUCGGUGAACGGCGUCCAGGUGCUGGACAAGCACCACACGGAAGUGGUCAAGAUCGCACACGACGGCUGCGAGAAGCUGGAGCUGCAGGUGGCCAGGACGAUCGGAGUGCUGAUGCACGAGCAGCUGGAGCCGCCGAGCCAGCCCAUCUUCAGUGGCUACCUGUGGCGGCAGAGUGGCCAGGCCAAGGGAGCUCCCAACUCCAAGAAGUGGGUGCGCCGCUGGUUCUCCCUGCGGCCCGACAACUGUCUCUACUACUACAAAACGGAAGAUGACUCGCAGCCCGUGGGCGCCAUGAUUAUGGCCAAGCACACGGUGGACCUGUGCCCCGUGGACGUGGGCAAGCCCUUCGCCUUCAAGGUGGACGCCGGCGAGGGAAUCCCCAUGUUCGUGGCCGCCGACUCCGACGAGCUGGCCAACCGGUGGCUCCAGCUGCUGCGGCAGGCCGCCUCGCAGGACAACCAGUGGCUGGACAAGAGCGCGCGGGGCCUGUACCAGAGCCCGGGGAGCAUCCAGAGGCCCGACUGCUUCGGCUACCUCCUCAAAUUGGGCUCAAGGUGGUGCGGCUGGUCGAAGCGCUACUGCGUGCUAAAGGACGCCUGCCUCUAUUUUUACCAAGAUGCAAAUAGCAAGAGUGCGUUCGGAAUGGCCUGUCUGCACGGCUACAAGGUGGCCUCGAUGUCCGCCAAUGCGUCCGGCAAGAAGAACUCUUUCGAGAUAAUACCACCAGAGACCAAGUUGCGUCACUACUUUUUCUGCACCGAAAGCGAAAUGGAUAAGAAGCGCUGGAUAUCCGCACUGGAAUACUCCAUUGACCGCUGGAUAAAGUCCGGGUAACUAAGGUUAAAGACUCGCUCCAGAGCCAGAUCGGCUCUGAGCAGCCGACUCAAGCGCCGCAGCUUUAGCUACUUGAUGGAUUAGGCGGCGAGGCGCGGUUCGUUCGACACACUAGUACGGGUACUACCAAAAACAAAAACAAAACCACUUAGAACUUAAGCCAGGCAACCAGCAAACCAAUUAGUUUUAGGCAUAGGCGAUGCUUAGUCCAAGGAAUUUAGUCGGUCAUUCAAAUCGGGUUUAAAACUAUUUUGAACAAAGCGUACAUACACAAACAAACAAAUAUAUACACAUGUAGAGGAAUACGAUUGAACAUUUUUGGUGUGUAUUCUUGUUAUAUAGCUUACAACAAAUCGCAUAUAUAUAUAUAUAUACAAACUUAUGUUUAGUGAGGUUGUCUUGUCACUUAUAUACAUAGAAUAUAUUUAGCCACGAAAAGAGAGCGAGAAGGAGAUCACCGUACAGCAGACCAAAUUGAUUGUCUAAUGUAUAUAGAAUCCGGCUAGGCUAAAUCCAAAUCCAAAUUGAUAUGAUUAGGUAUUCAAAGGCUCAACGGCAAGGCAACGUUUUUUAGAUAAAUGUCUAUUUACAGAAAGGGUAACCCAGAACAAAAUCAACUCAAGCGAGACCAAAAUUCGGAAUUAUCAGAGUGUAAUAGUUCGAAAAGUCAUUAUCAAAGGCCGCGAUAAGUUUUCCAUUUUCCAUAGCUGCUUCCAUACAACAAAUUAAACACAUUUACAACAUUAUGUGGAUAAUUAACAACGGUUUUCGUCCUUAUUGGAAUCGAUUAUUAGUUAGUUAGUUAGCUUUUUUGAUAGGUUGAUUUUUAGGGAACAUACUCACAAGCACACGCACACGCACACACACACAUCAAGGUUCAUAGUAGAUCAAACAAUAAUGUAAUAGAGAUUAAUUCGGAAUCCAGUAGUUACUUUGUCAUAUAAAGAUAUGAUCUUUAAAA